UUCUUGACUAGUGUUGCUCUGGCAUCAUCACUGCUCAGACGCACUCAAGCCGAUUUCAACAAUAAUAUUUUUUCUGGCUGGGAAAAAGAUCUUCAGAAAUUUUCACCAUUAGUACUGAGAGCAUCCAGAAAUUGAGUGAACAGGCACUGGCACCAGGAGGAGGAGAGAGCUGUGUAAGCUGCAAGUAUAGGACGGGAAAGUAUCAUUGGUACUGAAUAUCAAGGAGGAGGAAGUCUUCGUUGUCUCUUGUACUACUAACAUCACAAAGAAGAAAAUAUGCUUCAAGAAGAGGAAUAUGAUUCUGACACUAGUGACGAGGAUUUUGUUCCCGAUGGAGUGGAGAGUGAGGAUGAACCAGUGAGUGGUGCUGAAGAUGAAUUAGAUGAAAUUGAAAAUAAUGAAGAAGAGAGCUUUACUAAUAAAGGCAAGAAAAAGAAGAAAGGCAAAAAGGGAAGAUCCAAAAUGUCUUUGUUUGGUCGAAAACAAGAUGAUGAUACAAUAGAAGAUGAGAAAGAUGAAGAGCAGAAGACAGUGAAUGAAGAAAAAAACAAGAAGAAAACUGAUGACAUAUGGGCAGAUUUUCUGGCAGAUGUUGAAGACAAACCCAGCCCUCCACCUAAACCUAAAUCUUCAAGCUGGGCAGCUCUUCUUGGCAACAAGAAAAACCCUAUUAAUUCUAAUACAGUUACAUUGAAACCACAGGAUUCAGUUAAAAAUGAAGUAAAAAAGAAAGAAAAUGUUGAAAAACCUAGCACUGUUAAGAUCACCCAGGUUUUCGAAUUUGCUGGAGAAGAAGUAAGAGUAGAAAAAGAAGUAGAUGCUGAUUCAGCUGAGGCUCAAGCAGCACUUGCUUCACCUGUCUCUGGUGCAGCAGAUGGCAGUAAAUCAACUACUCCAGGCUCAGGAGUACCGAAGCGUCCUAGUGGCAUGUCUAGUAUUGUUGGUUUCCUUGAUAGUAAAAAACAGAAGCUUACCACUUUAGAAAAGACUAAACUAGACUGGAACAGCUUCAAGUCUCAGGAAGGACUGGAAGAGGAGCUUGAAAAGCACAAGAAGAGCAAAGAUGGUUACUUGGAUAAAAAGGAAUUCUUGGAGAGGGCUGAUCUGAGGCAGUUUGAAAUUGAAAGGGCGUUAAGAAUGAAUAAGCGGUCAAAGAGAUGAAGAGUGUACCUUAAAAAAUUAGGUAUUGUAACAAUAACUAUGGUGCUGUAAUUGCUCAGCAUGGUCAUCAAAUAUGUUUUCCCCCUUUAAGAUAAAAAUUUAGCACUGGAAAUAUUAAUCUAUGGCUUUAGUUAUGCAAAAAUUGUAGUCACAGAAAUGGAAGUCAUCAGUAGGGAACUUCAGUUAUUUCUUCAGACUUUUAACUUCGAACAUAUGGUGUUAUGGUUUGACUUUAAUUGAAACCAUUGUUAGAAUCAUCACAGUUUUCAUUAAAUAUUUUUGAGGUAACCAUUUUGGUUUAAUUUGACUAAGUCUGUGUAAUGUCACACCAAAUUGAUGGAAAUGAGUGAGAGUCUUAUUUAUUUUAAUUUAAUAUGCCAUUUAUCAUUCCUGCUUUAAUGAAGCAAAUGUAUAAAGGUUAUUUUGUAAUAAAUGUAAUAACUGAU